AUAAACAGAGAAAGUUAUUAAUAUGCUCCUCAUUCGUCCAGUGGAAGUCAAUCGCUCAUCAUGGACAGCAACAAAGUCGAAAUAUGCGUACAGGAAGGAAAGUUAAUUGGUGUCGUAGACAAAAGUGUUUACGGCGACAACUAUAUCGCCUUUCGAGGAAUACCAUAUGCGAAACCUCCAAUUGGAGAACUCAGAUUCAAAGACCCGGAACCAGCGGAACCAUGGACUGGUAAGAGAGAUGCCUCGAAACACGGAAACAUCUCCGUUCAAAUGAAUAUUUUCACACGCGAAAUGGAAGGCGAUGAAGAUUGUCUCUAUUUAAAUGUGUACACCACAAAAAUCAAACCUUCGAAAAAGCGUGCGGUAAUGGUGUGGAUACACGGCGGUGGUUUCUUUUAUGGUUCCGGUGAUGAACUCAUCUACGGUCCCGAUUACAUUGUACCGAAAGAUGUAGUUUUGGUUACCUUGAAUUAUAGACUAGGU